AUGAAAUCUCGUACGCUAAUAAUAAUCUUUACUAUCGUCACAAUCCCCAUAAUAUCACCCAGCCGCUGCAAUAACCUGAUAGAGACUACCUGCAAGCAGACCCCACGCUACAAUCUCUGUGUUCAAUCUCUCAAAUCGGAUCCCGCUAGCUCCGACGCUGAUGUCAGGGGGCUAGCUCUAAUUAUGGUGAAAGUCAUGACGACGAAAGCGAAGGGCACGGGUUAUAGGAUCAAGCAGCUCCUAAAAAGUGGACAUUUAGAACCGAAGCAGGAGAAGGCACUGAAAUAUUGUGCUGACUCGUACAAAACUGUAAUAGAGUUGUGUGUUCCGGGAACUGAGAGAGCUUUGGAAAUAGGAAACCCAAAAUUUGCUGAAGAAGGCGUAGUAUCUACUGGAAUUGAAGCCAAAGAUUCGUCGACUAAAACAGUCGCUGCUAAAAGUUUUAGUUUCAGCGGCGACUUUUUUUGUCGCCAUCGAAAGUCGUCGCGUAAAGUCUGGUUUUUUGUAGUGCCGCUUACAAAAGAAAACAACACUAUGCGCCAUCUUGCGGCGGUCGCUGUUGCUAUUGUUAGGCUAUUGCUAUGA